AUGGACCCCCAACAGUGUGAUGGCGGCCAUGUGUCAGAGGGCUGUGACUCACCUGGUAAUGGGGAUUCCUGGCCCCCACCUGCCAAACUGUCCCGCCUGGAGCUGAACGCUGGCGAGGGACCCCCAGGGCCACACCAGGGCAGGACGAGACAAGGGAGCCCAGGGGCCAGAGCCCCCACCCUGGCCCCCAAACCCAUGACACACGCAACACAACCCAAGAACUGGCAUAAGAGAGGUAGGACUGAAAAGAAGAGGGGAGGAGAUGAGAAAGGGAGGAAUGGGUGAAUAGAGGAGAGAGAGUGUGCAUUCAUUGCAAGGGUUGGCAACUUUUACCUAUUAAUUUCUCAUGCCCUCUGCUUCUAUCUGAAUGCUGUGAUGUGAUUGGCUGUGCUGUGUGUCCGUCAUAACAGGGAGCCUGCUGCCUGUGCUGUGUGUGGUAGAGCACAGAGAGAGCCCGGUCUCGGCAGUGGAGGCUGAGAGGCGAGAGGAGCAUGCAGAGUUUGUACUGGUUAGGAGAGACCUGCUGUUUAACCAGCUGAUAGAGAUGGUUCUACUGGCCCUGGGCUACUCUCACAGCUCAGCAGCACAGGCAAAAGGUACACUACACACACACACACACACACACACACACACACACACACACACACACACACACACACACACCUGCUCUUCCUCCAGUGUCAUUGUUUGUAACAAUGUGUGUGUCUGUGUCUGUCUGUGUCUGUCUGUCUGUGUGUGUGUGUGUGUGUGUGUCUGUGUGUCUGUGUGUCUAUAGGUUUGAUCCAGGUGGGUAGGUGGAACCCUGUCCCUCUGUCCUGUGUGACUGAUGCUCCUGAUGCCACUGUGGCUGACAUGCUGCAGGACCUCUACCAUGUCACCACCCUCAAGAUCCAGCUCACCAGGUACACCAGAAUCUCUUGUGGACAGACAUACGUAACAUAAAUUGUAUUUUAACGUCUGUCAACAGACUAUAGGAUGCGACGUCUAACGAGGAACUUCACUGUUUAUUAGGAUGAAUCACAAUUUGGCGGCGUUCUGCAUCUUUAGAAUUCCGGAAGGGAAUGGGACAUUUGGUCGAUAGACAUGAGACUUGCCGAGAGAAGGGGGGUGGAGCAACCAAAGAGGUUCUGGCACUUGCACCAGUUUCGUAUGUGUUGUGUGAAGUAAUGAACUAAUCACUACCACCAGGAGACAUAGGCACAUACACAUAGGAACACACACACACACACACACACACACACACAGGCACAUACACUCUUAGAAAAAAAGGUGGUACAGUGCAUUCAGAAAGUAUUCAUACACCUUGACUUGUUCCACAUUGUGUUGUGUUACAGCCUGAAUUCAAAAUGGAUGAAAUUGUUUUUUUCUCACCCAUCUACACACAGUACCCCAUAAUGCCAAAGUGGAAAUAUGUUUUUUUUUUUUUAUAUUUGCACAUUUAUUGAAAAUGAAAUACAGAAAUAUCUCAUUGACAUAAGUAUUCACACCCCUGAAUCAAUACUUUGUAGAAGCACCUUUGGCGGUGAUUACAGCUGUGGGUCUUUUUGGGUAAGUCUCUAAGAGCUUUCCAUACCUGGAUUGUGCAACAUUUGCCCAUUAUUCUUUUCAAAAUUGUUCUUGCUCUAGCAAAUGGUUGUUUUUCAGGUCUUGCCAUAGAUUUUCCAGAAGAUUUAAGUCAAAACUGUAAUUCGGACACUCAGGAACGUUCAUUGACUUCUUGGGAAGCAACUCCAGUGUAGAUUUGGCCUUGUGUUUUAGGUUAUUGUCCUGCUGAAAGGUGAAUGAAUCUCCCAGUGUCUAGUGGAAAACAGACUGAACCAGGUUUUCCUCUAGGAUUCUGUCUGUGUUUAGCUCCAUUCCGUUUCUUUUUCAUCCUGAAAAACUCCCUAGACCUAACGAUUACAAUCAUACACAUAACAUGAUGCAGCCACCUCUAUGCUUGAAAAUAUGGAGAGUGGUACUCAGUAAUGUCUUGUAUUGGAUUUCAGACAGCAUAUUUAUUCAUUUUUCAAUGUACUUCUCUUCCACCCACUCUUCUUCUAUCUCUCCAUUUGUCUCUCUCUCCCCCUCUCCCUCUCCAUUCACCCCUCUAUCUUUCCCCCUAUCGCCCCCAUCUAACCCUCACUCCCCCCUCUCUCUCUCUCUCUCUAUCUUCCUCUCCUCCUCUCUCUCUCUCUUUCUCUAUCCCACCCGCCCCCUCUCCUUCUCUCUCCAGUUGUCCCAGGUUGGAGGAACUCCCUCCAGCACAGUGGAGUCACUCUACAGUGAGAAACGCCCUGAAGGAGCUACUGAGAGACAUGAACCAGAGCUCACUGGCCAAAGAGUGCCCUCUGUCCCAGGUACACACACACACAGGCAUGAACACGUACGCCCGUACACACACACCUGUUCGUGACAACACUCUCCGAGGGUGUCUUAGGUGGAAUAGGAUAUGCAAAUUACAUUUCAAUUUCUCACCACACACUUGUACAUGUGUGAACCAGGACAAAUAUAAGCACCCCCUAUUUGACCUUUUUUAGCUUUGACAUGUACACACAACUCUCACACACACACCUAUUGAGAUGGGUAGUCUACAUUGCUGAGAGAUAUAAGGUAAAGAUGUUUAUCUUUUAAAGAGCUAUGCUGCUUUUUGAGACAUACAGCUCUGCUGGCAUAUACUGUCCCACUGUAUCCCUCUGCUACCAUCUCUCUCUCUCACUCUUCCUAGUCAAUCUCUCGCUUUCCCUGUCUGUGUGUGUAUCUCACACUGUUGCAAGCCCAGGCUUUAGCUCAGUGGGCUAAACCAGUCUUGUAACAUGCAGUCAGGGGACCUGAGUUUGAUCCCAGUCGACCUCACUCACACACACGCACGCACACACACACACACACACACACACACAUACACACAUUAUGGUGAAGGAACAAAGCGUAGAGGCACCUGCUGUAGAAGAACAGAUGGAUGUGUCUUGUGAAUAUUUAUAACAAUCAAAAUAGUCUGUCUGUUAUUCACCCUGAGGGCUGCAACUACAGCCUCGGUCUAAUAAACAGACAUUUCUCUCUUUUCAUAUUCUCUCUCUCUCUUUAUGUACAUGUUUAUGUGUUGUCCCAUCCCCCUCUCUCCCUCUCUCUCUCUCUCUCUCUCUCUCUCUCUCCCUCUCUCCCUCUGGAGCAGAUUAGAAUACAUAUGAAGAUAGAAGGUGUAAUCAGAUGUAAAGAUGGCACAGGAUUGUCUUGGGAGAAAACCCUGUGUGUGUGAUCUGUUAUUACUUUCGGCUUCAGUUCCUUAAACGACAGAUUGCACUUAGUUGAGGCGACACACACACACACACACACACACACACACACACACACACUCAUCUGUCUUUAUUACAGAGUUUACCUGGGGGUGUGUUUUAAUAACACAGAUCUGAGUUCAUUAUUAUCACACGUUCUGUGUUCAGCUGAGACUCAUAACAGAUGCUGAGAGAAAAAUGGAGACUGGUAAAAUGAGAGACAGAACGAUGAUUUAAAAUGAGAAACGUUACCUCUUUGUCUCUCUUUUUAAUACUGUUGUAUAUUUCAUUUUUUAUAUUCUGACUUCAAAUGGAAGUAUUACACAGUUCCUCUGCUCUGUUAGGAAGAGGAGAAUAGACUGUCCCCCAGGCUAGCGUAUAUAACAUGUUCUUGUAUUAUUACUGUAUUAUGCAUUGAUCUGAUGAUUGUGGAUCAGUAUUCAUAAUGCUUUUCCCUGCCACUGUUAUGACUUUUUGUAUUUUGUCCCCGUCUCUUAGAGUAUGAUCUCCUCCAUUGUGAACAGCACCUACUAUGCAAACGUGUCGGCCACCAAGUGCCACGAGUUUGGCCGCUGGUAUAAGCACUUCAGGAAGACCAAAGGCAUCAUGGGUAAGACUACAGGAGGGCUUAAAAGGGUAGUUCACCUAUAGUCAUCAUCAGUGCUAAUGUUGGCAAAUAGUAGGUGUGGUUUUUUAUACUAACUCCGCUCUCUUCCUCCAUCCCUCUAUUUCUUACUCUCUUCCUCACUUCAGAGAUUGAUAGCUUCUCUGACCAAUCUCAACCGGGCUCCACCCAUCUGACCUUUACUCAUCAACCAAUCCCAGGCAGCACAGCCGAACAGGCCGACUCCUCGCCCCUCCUCUUCCCUCACGGGGGAGCCGCCCACAUUUCUGGCCGUGGCUGUCUGGCCCCAAGUCUCUGCCCCCCAGGGCUGGUGACCGCCCCCCUCAGCCCCCAGCUAGUCACCCCCCAACAGAUAGUCAUGGCCCAGUUCCUCAACCAGCAGUAUGCAGUUAGCCGUAUGCUAGCCCAGCAGAGCCUGUCUGUAUCUGUCUCCACCUCCCCCCAGCAGUUCCUCAACCACCCCCCUGUGGGGAGGCCUCCCCCCUCCCUGGCCCUAGCCAAGGCCCCCGACCCCCAGCCCCAGGCUGGACCACCAGGACCCGGGUCUGGGUCCCAGAGCCAGGUGUGUGGACCAUCAGACAUCUCAUGUGAGAUCUACCAGUGGGUGAGAGAGGAGCUGAAGAGAGCAGGUAUCUCCCAGGCUGUGUUCGCCCGCGUGGCCUUUAACAGGACCCAGGUAUGGGACAGACAGGGACAGGGGGGUACUGGAUGUAUGGGACUGUGCUGUAAACUAGGGGUUAGGGAUUCAUGAGUGGUGGGAGAGAAGGAGGGGUUGAUGUCAUGAUGUGUGUGUGCGCGUGUGCGUGGUGAUUAGCUCUUGGCAUGUCCUUUUGCCGCAUGUGUAUGACUGUGUGUGUGUGUGUGUGUGUGUGUGUGUUUGUCCCAGCUCUUCUCUGCAGUAGGAACUCAUGCCAGCGGUGGAGCAGCUGCUGGGCCAGCUAAUCACACUCCCUCAGAGAGUCUCUACCUCUCCCUCUAAUCACACUCCCUCAGAGAGUCUCUACCUCUCCCUCUAAUCACACUCCCUCAGAGAGUCUCUCCCUCUAAUCACACUCCCUCAGAGAGUCUCUACCUAUAAUCACACUCCCUCAGAGAGUCUCUACCACUCCCUCUAAUCACACUCCCUCAGAGUCUCUACCUCUCCCUCUAAUCACACUCCCUCAGAAUCUCUACCUCUCCCUCUAAUCACACUCCCUCAGAGUCUCUACCUCUCCCUCUAAUCACACUCUCUCAGAGAGUCUCUACCUCUCCCUCUAAUCACACUCCCUCAGAGAGUCUCUACCUCUCCCUCUAAUCACACUCCCUCAGAGAGUCUCUACCUAUAAUCACACUCCCUCAGAGAGUCUCUACCACUCCCUCUAAUCACACUCCCUCAGAGUCUCUACCUCUCCCUCUAAUCACACUCCCUCAGAGUCUCUACCUCUCCCUCUAAUCACACUCCCCCAGAGAGUCUCUACCUCUCCCUCUAAUCACACUCCCCCAGAGAGUCUCUACCUCUCCCUCUAAUCACACUCCCCCAGAGAGUCUCUACCUCUCCCUCUAAUCACACUCCCCCAGAGAGUCUCUAUCUCUACCUAUAAUCACACUCCCCCAGAGAGUCUCUACCUCUCCCUCUAAUCACACUCCCCCAGAGAGUCUCUACCUCUCCCUCUAAUCACACUCCCUCAGAGUCUCUACCUCUCCCUCUAAUCACACUCCCCCAGAGAGUCUCUACCUAUAAUCACACUCCCUCAGAGUCUCUACCUCUACCUAUAAUCACACUCCCUCAGAGAGUCUCUCCCUCUAAUCACACUCCCCCAGAGUCUCUACCUCUCCCUCUAAUCACACUCCCUCAGAGAGUCUCUAUCUCUACCUAUAAUCACACUCCCCCAGAGAGUCUCUACCUCUCCCUCUAAUCACACUCCCCCAGAGAGUCUCUAUCUCUACCUAUAAUCACACUCCCCCAGAGAGUCUCUACCUCUCCCUCUAAUCACACUCCCCCAGAGAGUCUCUACCUCUCCCUCUAAUCACACUCCCCCAGAGAGUCUCUACCUAUAAUCACACUCCCUCAGAGUCUCUACCUCUACCUAUAAUCACACUCCCUCAGAGAGUCUCUCCCUCUAAUCACACUCCCCCAGAGUCUCUACCUCUCCCUCUAAUCACACUCCCCCAGAGUCUCUACCUCUCCCUCUAAUCACACUCCCUCAGAGAGUCUCUACCUCUCCCUCUAAUCACACUCCCUCAGAGAGUCUCUACCUCUCCCUCUAAUCACACUCCCUCAGAGAGUCUCUACCUCUCCCUAUAAUCACACUCCCCCAGAGUUUCUACCCCUACCUCUCUAACCACACUCCCCCAGAGAGUCUCUACCUCUCCCUAUAAUCACACUCCCCCAGAGUUUCUACCUCUCCAAUUUUUCCAUCCCUCGAUUCACUCCAUUACUCUUUCUCUCUCUCAAUCUCUUGAUCACUCUCUGUCCAUCUCUCUCUAUCUUCCUCUCUUUUUAUAUUUCCUACUCUAUUUCAUGCUCUCUCUGUAUCCAUUUUGUGUCUCCAUGUGACUGGUCUAUCCCUAGUUUUCUUGUUCGAUUUUCAUUUCUCCCUCUCUCCCCAUUUGAUACCUCUCUCUCCUUUCUGUCUGCCUCCCUCCCUCCCCCUCUCUCCUUCUGUCUGUCCUGUGCUCCUGCAGUUAGAAGGCACUCACAUGAAUAGUUUCUAGAGAGACCUAAACCACUGUUAUUAUUACCAUCAUUAUCACCAGCAUCAUCAUGGGUGUCAUUAUAAUUAUCAAAGGCUGUCAUAAUAGCCUCCCGCCCUUGCAUUCCUCGGUCGCCGUGACAACGGGGCUCUGCAGCCAGGUAAAAGGGGGUGUGGCGGGGUAGGAAUGUCUCACCUGGGCAUGGUGCCAAGGGGUAGAGUGAGCGGGGCUUGGCGUGUGAGGACCCAAUUGGAGUGUAAAGGCUUAAUUGCUGGUGUGUGUGUGUAUGUGUGUGGGGAGGGAGGGAGGGAGGGAGGGAGGGAGGGAGGGAGGGAGGGAGGGAGGGAGGGAGGGAGGGAUGAGCCCCCAUCUUACAGAAGCGUUUCUGACUGCUGUAAGAGCAGGAGCAGACAGAUAAUAACUUAAUAAGGGACUCAUCAGUUUAAUAGCAGAGCUUUAGAAGGUGUCUGGAGCUGGCUGUGUUUACUCUUUGAAGAGAAAAAUACAACCUGUGAAGACGUGUGCUGUCUAAAUGGCCCUCAGACAGUUUUGUUUUAGUACGAAACUUGUUAAUAAUGUAUAUUUAUCAGAAAUGAUCUGUCUGAGUGUCUCUUGACCUGGUCAACGUUACAGGGCUGGUACACUGGACGUGUAACUUGCCACGCAUAGAUGCUUCCAUUCAUUUAAAUCAGUGGUCUUCAACGUUCUCUUCGGGAGGAACCCUGGCCCAGGUUAAUACAGUGAUUUAUGUGUUUUGCGACGCCCCCGGUGUAUCCCCUCUUAGGAUGUAUGUACCUGAUAGUGGGUAACAUAGUCAUUCUAUUUCUAUGGUGUGUAUCUUGUCUUAAUGUGUCUUUCUAUGUCUGUGUGUCAGGGCCUGCUGUCUGAGAUCCUGCGUAAGGAGGAGGAUCCUAAAAGUGCGUCUCAGUCUCUCCUGGUCAACCUGCGGUCCAUGCAGAGUUUCCUCCAGCUAACUGAGGGCGUCCGAGACCGCAUCUACCAGGAGGAGAGAGAGAGGAGUCUGACCGUGUCGACCACUAUCAACCAUUCACCCAACAACACUACCCCACCACGCCCCACACAGGUCAGACAGACAUAGAAGGGCGUGUGUGUGUUGAAGUUAUAUCUUGUUCAUGCCAGUCUAAGAUAUAUUCCUCUGAUGUUUCAGACCAGAAAGGAAGAGGGAAACUUUGUCAAGGCUGAAGAUUGGCACUCCCGGGUUUCCAUAGGCAUCCCUAUAGUAAGGAUAAUCCCGUCCCUCUCUCUCUCUCCCCCUUGCUCUCUCUAACCUCUCUCUCUCUUUCUCUAACCCCCCCCCCCCCCCCCUUUAACCUCCUUUUCGCACCACCUACUUUCUCUCUCUCUAACCCCCCCUACCCCUCUCUCUAACCCCUCUCUCCCCCUCUCUGUCUCCCCCUCUGGCCCCCCUGCAGGCGAGGCUGUCCCCAGUAGCAAUAGCAGUAAUAAACAGAGGGGUGAAGAGCGAGGGAUGUGUUCUAAAUAUCAACAGUUCUAUCUAUGAGGAGAUCCAACAGGAGAUGAAGAGAGCCAAGGUGUCUCAGGCCAUGUUCGCCAAGAUGGCCGCCUCCAAGAGUCAGGUACUCACGCACACACACACGAACACACACACAAACACAAAAAAGAGAGGGUAUGGUACUCACUGACUGGAGGGAUGCCUAUGGAAGCAAUCCCAUACAUUUUUUUAAAUUUUUUAACAUAGUUCCCCUCCUCCCUCUUGGACUGAGAGGGAAACGUAUAUUUCAGACUGAUAUUAGCAAAUACGUAACACACACACAAACUCCCACAAGUACCUUUAUCAGAUUUUGUAUGUGUGUGAAUUUAUGAUACCAUCUGUACACAGAGCCACAUUGGGCAGUAACUGGCUGUGUAGAAAAUGCCAGAUUAUUUACACACACAUGCACACACAGGAAUGCAGACACACAAACAUACACACAAACACACACAUGCGUGCCAACACACAUAAACACUGGUGGUUUUAUUGUGCUUGUUUUCAAGGCAGAACCAUAAGCUUGUUAUUGCCUUUUGUUUUGGGGAUCAUUUCCCUCCUCAGUGGAAUGGAGGGAUUUCAUCUGUUGAGCUCUCUUUCUCUCUUUCUCUCUGUCUCUCGUUCUCUCUGUCUCUCGUUCUCUCUGUCUCUCGUUCUCUCUCUCUUUCUCUCUGCCUCUCUUUCAAUCUACCCCUCUUGCUCUCUGUCCCUCUCUUUCCAUAUACCACUCUUUCCAUCUAUCCAUCCAUCCAUCUCUCUCUCGCUCUCCUGCUCUCUCUCGCUCUCUCUCUCCUGUCCAGUAUAAAGUACUACAGUGGGGAUCAGGUUGUUCUGCUCUGUAAAGGUCAUGUUGAGGUCAAUGCCAUUACACUGACAGGUGGUACUCUACCCCUGCUGGGCUGCUGUUUAAUCUCUUUUGGUUUCCCCCCUCUCUCUUCCUCUCAAACUCCACCUCGCUUUCCCUCUCUCUCUCCCUCUGCCUCUUUCUCUCUCUCAAACCCCACCUUCCCUCUCUCUCCCUCUCUCCCCUCCCUCUCUCUUUCUCUUCCCCUCUUUCUCCUCCUCUCUCUCAUACUAUCCUCUCAGCUCACGUUAGUGUAGGUCUGUUUGGCAGGCAGCACCAUGUUGGAGCUGUGUAAUGUAUCUGCUCACUGCAUCUGGAUGGCUUUUUGUGCUAGUGCUGGACUACGGCCAGGUGUGUGUGUGUACCACAGUAAUGGUGUAGAGGACAAGAGCCUGGCCCUGCUGCUACUUUCCCUCUCUGUCUCCUCCCCCUUUCCAGCUCUUAAUAGAGACAAGGGUUCUGCUAUGAGUUUGAACUGUAGUUCCUUUAUAUAAAGCAUUAAUAACACUGUUGUUUUCUACUCAUGAAAAGCACAGAAUAUCUGUUUUAGUAUAUUUACUAAAGAUAGUAUACUGUAUUUUAGUAUCUUACUUGACGGGGCUGUAGUGGAGCGGGUCGAUAGCUUCAAGUUUCUCGGUGUCAACAUCACUAAGGAUCUAUCAUGGUGCAAACACACCAACACAGUCGUGAAGAGCGCACGACAAUCUUCUUCCCCCUUAAGAGGCUGAAAAGAUUUGGCAUGGACCCUCAGAUUCUCAAAAAGUUCUACAGCUGCACCAUCGAGAGCAUCUUGACUGGCUGCAUCACCGCUUGGUAUGGCAACUGCUUGGCAUCCGACCGCAAGGCGCUACAGAGAGUAGUGCGUACGGCCUAGUACAUCACUGGGGCCAAGCUUCCUGCCAUCCAGGACCUCUAUACCAGGCGGUGUCAGAGGAAGGCCCUACAAAUUGUCAAAGACUCCAGCCACCCAAGUCAUAGACUGUUCUCUCUGCUACCGCACGGCAAGCGGUACCGAUGCACCAAGUCUGAAACCACAGGACCCUGAACAGCUUCUACCCCCAAGCCAUAAGACUGCUAAAUAGUUAGUUAAAUAAUUAACCAAAUAGCUACCCGAAAUAUCGGUAUUGAACCUGUUUGCACUAACUUUUUUGACUCAUCAAAUACGCUGCUGCUACUGUUUACUAUCUGUCCCUUUAUUCCUAGUUAUAUGUACAUAUCUACCUCAAUGACCUCGUACCCCUGCACAUCGACUCGGUACUGGUACCCCUUGUAUAUAACCACGUUAUUGUUACUCAUUGUGUAUCUAUUAUUACUUGUAUUAUUACGUGUUUUACUUUUAUAUUAUUUCUCUAUUUAAUUCUCUCUGCAUUGUUGGGAAGGGCCCGUAAGUAAGCGUUUCACUGUUAGUCCACACCUGUUGUUUACGAAGCAUGUGACGAAUAACAUUUUAUUUUAUUGAAUGGGUUCUGAAAAGGUUCCUUUUCUAUGGGUUCUCUGACUGGGUUCUGAUAUGUGUGUUGUGUUGUGCAGGGCUGGCUGUGUGAGCUGCUGCGCUGGAAGGAGGAUCCGUCCCCGGAGAACCGGACCCUGUGGGAGAACCUAUGUAUGAUCAGGCGCUUCCUGAGUCUGGCCCAGACGGAACGAGAUGCCAUCUACGAACAGGAGAGCAACGCUCUGCAGCAUCACUGUACAGACAGACUCACACAGCUAGUCAACGACAACACACUGGUCAGUCUACUCUGUAUAGCCUGUACAUAUGUAGGAUCUUAAUUUGAUCACUCUGUUGUUGCUGAGAAUUUUCCUGCGCCGCAGCAAAUGCAAAUGAGUUUUCUGAUUUACAUACAUUCACUGAAAACCUGCACUAACACACGGUCAUAUUAACAUUAUUGCACUUUUCAUGUAGCCUAAUUUUUGCCAGCUAAUAGCCUAACAUCCAGAUCAAGCAAAAUUAUGGACUAAACAUUAAAAUCCUGUUGCUGCAGGAUUGUUUUGCUAUGACAAUGCUGGUCAAAUUAAGAUCCUACAUCUGUACAUACACACACUCAUACAGUCAUACACAGUCAAUACAAACACAAAAACAACUUUGUACAGACAGACUCACACAGCUAGUCAACGACAACACACAGGUCCGUCUACCGUGUAUAGCCUACACACACACGUACACGGAUGGAAGUGCGCACACACAACACAAACACAUAAUUCUACUCCGUAAAUGUACAUGCAUUACACAUGCAUAUGUACAUAAUUGAAUGCAGAGUUGUGUAGCUGUUUGACGAUAGUGUUCAUACGUCUAGUUUGGUACUUGACCCUCUCCUCCUAUAACACGGCCUAUCAUCAGCUCCCGUUGGUUUGUUUAUAACUUCACUUCCAUCUGUCUCCACCAGCUCCAACACCACUCCCCGUUGCCACAGCAACACCAUCAACGACUCCUGACCCCUCUGUCCCAGCAGCCCUUGCAGCCCCAGGCGGGGCCUCGCCUGCCUCCACGGCAACCGUCCACAGCAUCACCAGCCGAGACUGAGGGGGGUGGGGGCCAACUGAGGACCUGGUUGGGGGGUAGUAAGGAUGAUGGGAAGGGAGAGGACAUUACUGGCCGGGGCAGUAGGAGUAGGGCUGGGGGUAGUAAUGACAAGGAGGGGGGUGAGGGAGGUUGGUCGGGGGCCAGACAGAGUAACGGGGAGGGCGUUGGUGGGUGUAAUGGUGAGGGGGGGGAGGGGUUGCGGGUGUCCCGGGAGGCGCAGGGGAUCCUGCAGAGCUUCAUCCAGGAAGUGGGUCUGAACCCAGACGAGGAGGCUGUCCACACCCUGUCAGCUCAGCUGGGCCUACCCAAACACACCAUCCUCAGCUUCUUCCACUGCCACCCCCACAGCUACACUCACCAGUACCAUAGACAGGACUACAGUGAGAUCCACCACAACCAACUUCCCAGCCACAGGGAAAAUCACAACCAACACCACAAGGAUCAGGACCUGCUCUUCUGUAUUGGAGCAGGCCCAACCCAGCCUGAGAGAACUGCAGGGGAGAGGGAGGAGGGAGGAACCAUAGAUCCCGCUGGACAGAUAGAGGGAGAGGAGGAGGAGGACAUGGAGGGGGGGAGAGGAAAUAGAGGGGAGGGGGGGAAGACACCAUUUUGA